CCGCCUCAGCAUGGAGCGCUCCGAGGCCUACUGCUUCUCGGCCGCCCUCAGCGGCGCCUUCCUCGUCUCCUGCCUGCUCUUCUCGGCGCUCAACCGCCAGCAACGGGCGCCCUACAUGGACGAGGCCUUCCACGUCCCGCAGGCGCAGGCCUAUUGCGAAGGCCGCUUCAAGCAGUGGGACCCUAUGAUCACUACACUGCCUGGUUUGUAUUUGGUGUCCGUUGGAGUUGUGAAACCUGCAGCGUGGCUUUUUGGAUGGUCUGGAAGCAUCGUUUGCUCUACUGGGAUGCUCAGAUUCAUUAAUCUCCUUUUCGGCGUCGGGAACGUCUAUUUAUUAUAUUUGCUUUUUUGCCGGAUACACCAGAAAAAGGCCGCUUCUGGGUUCCAGAGAAUCCUCUCAACUUUGGCACUAGCAAUAUUUCCAGUUCUUUAUUUUUUUACAUUCCUUUAUUAUACCGACACGGGCUCCACCUUUUUUACUCUGUUUGCCUAUUUAAUGUGCCUUUAUGGUAAUCAUAAAACGUCAGCCCUGCUUGGAUUUUGCGGCUUCAUGUUUCGUCAGACCAACAUCAUAUGGACUGUGUUCUGCGGCGGAAGUGUCAUUGCAAAUAAGUUGAGCGAAGCCUGGAGGGCAGAACUGUUGAAAAACAAAGAACAAAAGAGCUUGCCCCCAAAGGGAUGGUUUUCAGAACUCAUCAGGGUCUUCCGUUUCCUUGUUGAAUAUGCUGCAUCCUUUAAAAACUUAACCGCUCUUCUUCUUUUGACUUGGCCCUACAUUAGCAUGGCGGUGGUCUUCUUUGCUUUCAUCGUCCUCAAUGGUGGCAUAGUUGUGGGUGACAGGACCAGUCACGAAGCAUGCCUGCAUUUCCCUCAGAUCUUCUACUUCUUCUCCUUCACUCUCUUUUUUUCCUUUCCUCACCUAAUGACUCCAAGCAAAAUCAUCAGUUUUCUUCGUUCCGUGAAGAGACACUUGUUGCAAUACAGUAUCCUCACCAUUGUCUCAUUAUUCUUGGUCUGGAAGUUUACGUACGUUCAUAAGUAUCUGCUUGCAGAUAACAGACAUUAUCCAUUUUACAUAUGGAGAAAACUUUAUCAAAGACAUGAGCUCGUGAAGUACGUGUUAGUUCCGGUCUAUAUAUUCGCUGGCUGGAGUUUUACAGACAUGUUAAAAUCAAAGAGCAUUUUUUGGAACAUGGUCUAUUUUGUAUGUUUGCUGGCAUCCACGGUUCCUCAGAAGCUUCUGGAAUUCCGUUACUUCAUUUUGCCGUAUAUUAUGUAUAGGCUGCACAUUCCCAUGCCGUCACUUUUGAAACUUCUCCUUGAGUUGGCAUUUUAUCUCUUGAUAAAUGCAGUGACCUUUCAUUUCUUCUUGAACAAAACAUUUCAGUGGCCGAAUAAUGAGGAACUCCAGAGGUUUAUGUGGUAAUUUUGCACUUGCAAGAUGGCCAAAUUUCUAGGACUUUCCUGCCUUCGAAAAGAGACUGCAAGUUUAGAGACACUAUUAAGGGAAACAAAACAUGUUGGAUUUUUUAAUAACUGUGAUUGAAUGUGAUGUACAGAUAUUGGAUUGAUUUUAUAAAGUUAACAUCAGGAAAUUAAUAAAUGUGAUAUCAGGGAAAUAGAUUAAAGUGAAAUUAGGAUUUUCUCAAAUCAUACCAGUUUUGUUACCAAAGUCUUCUAACAGGAGGAUUCUUCAGUAUGUUUGUAUGCACGUGCCCACCAGUGCUCAAGAAGAGACAAAAAGAGAAAGUGUAGCUUAUCAGGCUAAUUGGGUAGUUUUUGAUACAGUUCUAUUGUCACAGUCUCAUUUUGAUGCAUUUUCAUGGUGAAAAUGUGCAUUUUAAAGAUAAGAGGUUUUGUCAGUUCUUGGAAGUCCAUUGAAAGCUAACGUUCUCCAGGAUGGGUUUAGUCAUAUGAAAUGUUCCCCACAGGGAAAUGGUCAGCUGAAAGUCACAUGACUGCACCAUGACAUUGGACCAAAUGACAUAUGGCUGCAUCAGAAAUGAGCCCAAGAAUUGGGCCUCCGGAGAACAAACAAUAUUAGGAGUUGGACGACCUAUAGAAAUCUAUUGUAAAGUGAAGGACCACAGUUAAUUCACAAAUCAUUUAAAGAAUAUUCUGGCUGUUAGACUACAAGGGGAGCCAGCAGGGCACACUGGAAACCAGAUUAAAUGUGAUGCAGGAUAUUUGUGACAGGUUCUUUUUAAGUGUAUGUGUGGGGGGGCGUGUUAAAGAAAACGUUAGAGCUGCUGCCAGGGUCACUGGAAUAGAAUUGGUGCUCUGCAACUGGGAGAGGACAGCCCGGGCCCUCUCGUGCUAUUUCCUUAAUCUAAUUCUAUCCUGUUAAUCCUUCGUGGGAAAAAUAAUUCGGGAGCCCCAAAGGUGCCAAAGUGAUGUAGUGGCUAGAUGCUCAGAUGAGGACCCGAGAGCUAGAUUCAAGUCCUCACUCCUGUGUGAACUUCACUGUGUGAUCAUGGAUCAGUCAGUCCAUCUCGCCUGCUUCACAGAGUUGUUGUGAAGGCAAAACAGUGGAGGAGUCAUCUGUACUGCCCUGAGCUCUUUGGAGAAAAGGAGGGAUAAAUAGAUUAGGAAGGAGAUGUUUUUGGUCAGGGAUAGGGUUAAAAACUCCCUUUUCCAACCAUCACUUCCUUAUUAAUUCCCACCCCCCCCCCCCCCGGCUUCUUUAAAGAGUAAAAACCAAAAUGGGAGGUCUGAUUGCACAUCUUUACCUCCAGUUUGUCCCUGACUGAAAGAGAAGUACAAAGCCCCACUUAAAAACAUGUUUAAAGUAAACCAGAUGAACAAAACUUGAGUUCAGUAGCACCUUAGAGACCCAUAACAUUUCCCAGGGUAUAAACUGUCCUGAGUCAGAGCUCACUUUGUCUGAUACCAGCUGCAACCCUGAGCAGGCAGAUUAGAAAUUAAAUCCCAUUGAACUGAGGUGUAGAUAGCUCUGUAUACAUAGGUUUGAAGUAGGGUGCGGUUGCCUGUUUCAGAGGGUGGCCUGCCUUGCGGGAUUUGUGUGCAUUGUACUUAUACCAUUUCUCAUCUAUAGUCUGCCUUUCUCACUGAGACUCUAGGCAGAUUACAUAGUGUGAAAAUAGGCCAGUCAAUAUCAAGGUCAAGGCCAUAGGGUAAAUAAAUGCAUAACAUUAGCAAAAAUUUGAUACAGAGUUGAAGAAAUGCUGAAACAGAGCAUAAGCAGUUCUAGAACUGACACUAGACAACAUAGAACUACCCAGCAGGGCCAUACUUAAAGCAACAGGUAGUACUUAGGAGCACAUACUUAAAGCAAGAGAUAGUACAUCUGACAACACUGGUGAAGUCUGUGAUCCGUAACUCGUUAGUGAAGCGUAUCUUUGAAACCACCUCCCUACAAUACAGCCCUCCUGAGUAAAUAGGCUUGGAUAUCCAUUAAAAUGUGAACAAUCAGAGGAAGCUCUGAGAAAUCCUCAGUAAUACAAACUCAUGACAGCCAUAUAAUGAACUCCUUUGUUUCUGUGGCAGCUUUUGCUAGCAGUUCCCAUCUUUUAAUUAUGCCAGGCAGAAAUCUGUGUCUUUGUAUUUAAACAAAUCUGAGCAUUUUCAGAAGGAGAAGCCUGGAGGAUGGCAAAACCACGAGUCACCGGCUGCUGUCCCUCAAGCACGCUUAAACCAGCCGGUGUCGGUGAACUUUAGCAUGUCCCACUUUGUUGGGGUUGUAGCCCUCCUAAAGGGUUACAUAAUGAACAUCUUCAUAAAAUUGAUGCAGUACAAAUGGCAGUCAUAUGCAUAUCACUUUUAAAAAGAAAUAUCUUAGAGCUUCUUUUUAAAAAAAGCUGCACAGAUGCAGUCCACUCCCUAAAGCAGUUUUACUGCACCCGCUAAUGCCAGUUUAUAAAGGACAGUGUUUUUGGAAAUAAUUUUUUGCAUGCUCCUAUAUGAAAUGUUUAUCUCUGAAAUGUAACGGUAUUUUCCCAAGAAGAAUUGCUCCCCCUGCCCAUUUCUGGUGCAUAAACCCAUUAAAAGUUUCAGUAUAAAAGUAUUUUACACAAAAUUCAUGUAAUAGAAAACUAGGCAAUGUUUGCUUUGGUACAAAAGAGUAGAGCAAAUCUGAUUUGGAGCUUCUUUUUAAAAAUUCCUGGUUUAAUUUCUUUAAAUCUGGAAAAUGCUGUGACUAUUAAGGAACAUUCAUGCAUCUGCAUCCAUGGGAGUUCCACCUUUGGAACUAUGUAUAUUUUUAGUGUAUUUUUACCGACCUUUCUACAGGGAACUCAGGGUGACAUAUGUUGUCUCACCCCUUCCUCCAUUUUAUCCUCGCACUCAUCUUGUAUGGUAAGGUUAGGCUAAGUAUGUGACUGGCCCAAGGUCACCCAGUGAACUUCAUGGCACAGUGGGGGAUUUGAACUUGGGUAUCCCAAAUACUAGUCUGGCGCUCCAUCAUCAUGCUGUCAGAGCACUUGGUUUGGUGGAUGAAUCAGGCCCAACCUUUUUGUACGUGUGGAUACUGUCAUGGAAAAUGCUGAAAUAAAAACAGGCUUACAUAUUGA